AUGCCUUCCGCCGAUGGCAACGGAGAUGCAAUCCUGUCCUCGUCAACGAGCCCUAGGAUCCACCGCGGCGGCAGCGUCGUCGCCGUCGCCAACCGGGCGUCGAGGAAGAGGCGGUCCUCCCAGGCCGACAUCAAUCCCGCACCGUCGGCGGCGAAGCGACGCAUCAGUUCCAAGACCACCUCCCUCCCGGCCCCAACCGCAUCCCAUGCCCACAACGACAUGACCCGCAUCGACACCAGCAAGAGCCACUUCGUGCGCACGCGUGCCGCAGAGCCGUAUUUCCUCCAGCUGGCCAAAGUCAGGCUGUCGGACAUGAAAUUCUGCUGGACACGAUACACCGACAGCCGCGAGAUCAUUCCGAGGCAGGUAGACCAUCUCGUCGAAAAGUUCCGGCACGUAGGCGUCCAGCGCGAAGAUCCAGUCAACUUCAUGAAGGCCCUGGUCUCACGAGAGCAGCUGGAUGCCAUGAUGUCCCACCUGGGCGUUGACGCCGAGGACCCGCCGCCGCGGCACAUCAUCCUCCCAUUCUGCGAUUGGUCUGCCGUCAACGGGCGUCCCUUGGACGUGAUAGCGGGCCAGCAUCGGGCGGCUGCCUUCAAGACCUACAUGAGCGCAAAAGGCGGCGCUGACGUCGAUUUCCAGGAGGCCUGGUGGAUCUGCGAACUGUAUGAUGCUGACGCCUUGCCUGAGCAAGUACUCGUCGAGCUCCGAAGCAAUGCGGACCAGUGCGUCAACUCUGUCGAGAACCACCGCGACACGUGGCGUAACCUUCGAGACCUCCUGUCGCCAAUAAACACGUCGUCAGCGGUUGCCGAAUCUAUGUGGGAGCGACUGACAGUCGCGUCCACCGGGUCCGAUGGUAUCUCCGGGUUAGAGGCUAUCGUUUGCCGGGCUCUGGGCUUGGCGGGGAAAAGAAAGAGCAUACCGACCCGCCGCCUAGUGACGCUCUGGAAGAACAAUACGUGGCGGCCCAUUAUCAUCCGUUGGUGUGACCGUAGAAUCAGCGACAGAACAUUCAACAUAUCUAGGUGGGAUUGGAUGAUGAGAAGCAGGAUACAAGACUUCUGGCUUCAAUGGAUCGACGAUGUCCUUCACGUCCUGGACCUGGUCAGCGACGAAGCCCGGACCCCUUUCGACCCUUCAGCGGACGAUUGGAACCGCAUCAGAACAGCCACGAUAACAGGACCUGUAACACCGCAGGGCGACCCAGCAGGCGCCGUCCGGGCCCUGUUCCAUCAGGACCCUGUAACGGGGGAUCCAGUCCCUUCGAAAAGGGUACAGUUCCUCACCCGUUACCCCACCGAGGACUCCCUCGACCGUCUGCGCGACUUGUUCGCCUCCCACACCCCGCUCCCACUCUUUGACAUCACGGCGCGGUUGGCAAUCCGGAGGUCUGAUGCCGAGGUGCUGGCCACGGUGAUGCACCACGUCAGUUUAUGGGUCGCGGGAAACGAACCUGACCCCGUCCGUAGCGAGAACACCAAACCGCCCUACCGGUCCGCUCUUAUCCCAACGCUCAGGCGCAUUCUCCACCGCGGCACCCAGAAUCCAUUGUCAUGCCCCGCGCCGGUGACAGCCCUGUGCCACCGUCUCGGACUAGACCUCGCUCGCGUUCGAGAGGACUUCUGUUCCGUUUGCAGCAGAGGCAUGCGUCUCAGCAGCCUUUCGGACACCGUCCCGCUGAACCACUUCCAUGCCCUGCUCCGAGCACACCCAUCCGACCCGCUCACCGGGCUCGCAGAGGUGCUGUCGAUAGAGGUGCAGAACGACGUCUGGAGGGCGGUCCAGCCCAGGCUAGAGCUUUGGAAAAGCGAAUCCCACCUCCGCCUGUCGUUGCAUGACACGCACUCCCUCGGCUCCGCCGCCUACGCCACGCGGUUCGCUGCCCACGGUCCGUGGAGCGACGUCUUGGGCGUUGUCACCCGUUGGCUAGGCCGUGAGCCAUUCGCGCGGCCUCCCGUCACCAUGCCCAUCACCACCGCCGCCACCAGCCUCCCCGGCCUGUCGACCCAGCCGGCGGCGACAGCCUGGAUCGACACGGUCCUUGCCGGCGACCGUCGCCGCGUCAGCCUCGCCGACCACCUACCCUUCAUAUCCAUGCCGGAUCUCGUCUCGAAAGGGUUCGAGCACCUGCAGAACCGGAACCUCCAGUCCACCUCGAAGCCGGCCAUCGCAGCACACUACAUGUUCGCCAAGGAGCUUCUCAAUAGAAGUAUACGGCGGCGGGAACCCUUCGUCGACCUGCUUCUCGUCAUCGCCCUCGUCUUCGGCAGCUGCAGUGGCACUCCGUAUGCCUCACCCGGCAAGAAUGCGUUCGAGAUCUCAGUGAAGGGGCCCACUCUCGGGUCCGUCCGCGCAGCGGCGCUCAUCGUCAGGGCCCUCUGGUUCAUCAAAGAUACAGACUUCCGCGAAGCCGAGGAAAACGGCUCCAUCCUCCGCAGACAGGAGCUCUUCCGACAGGUUGGUAGUCCGGGUCUCAACCAUCACACCCUCGUCAUCAUCGGCCUGUGCGAUUUUGACGCGAAGAAAGCCGCGAGAGAUAGCAUGUUCGAUCGUCAGAAAAUCAAGAGCCCCCAAGAGCUCGAGGCGAUGCGCAAACGGCUGUUUAGCCUGUUCAACCACCCCGAGUCCUUCUUCCGCGAGCUUUUCCGCACUAGUAACUGCAGCCAGUGGCUGACAAGUUGCAGCUCAAUCGUCGUCACCACGGCUUCGCCAUAG